AACGAACGAGCCAUUGCUAUUUUGUAGGGAGCGAUGGGAUAUUUUUUGCAAAUGCCGGCGUUGCUUAAGGGAAAGAGGCUCUUCUGCCAUGAGGAAGUCGUAAUGCUUUUCUACAGGGCAGUUACUCCUUAUCAUUUUUUUAAACUUCAUUUGUGGCAUCAUUUCAUGCAAAGAAAUGAAGAUGCUCACUUGGGGCUUCUUUACCCCUUUGUUAAUGGGCAAAGAAGAGGAACCGCGUAUAAAAAUUUGCCCUGUUAUUUCGGCAGUUGUAGAGGGGAACCUUUAUACGCUCCCAUUCUCCAAAGAGGGGAAAGCUCAUUUAAAACCUGGUGCGAACCACUGGUAUGCCGCCCUGUUAGAGCCAUUUUAGGACCCUCGAAAGGGGUACACAUAAUAUGGUAUUCCUUAACUGUUCUGGAAAAAAAAAAAGGGGGCCUAUAUUUCUUGUCCUAUGAUGAACUACGAAUUGGGGUUUCUACCAAACGGGCAGAAGAAUCGGUUGGGGGGGGUUCCAUUUACAGCAAAGCGAAUUGAUGGGCACUCCUUCAUUUGAAGCGGUUUUUCAUUUGUAGCGGUUUUUCAUUUGUAGCGGUUUUCCUUUGGGGGUGGUUCCUCAGAAAUGAGAAAAACGGAGCGCCUUGUGUUGCGUGUGGAGGACCACCCAAUUUAUGUAUUCCCCUUUUACGCUUUCCAUAGCUUUUGCCAAAACGGGUGUGCCUCUUGGGGCAGCGUUUUCGCUCCUUAGGGGAUGUUUCCCUCUUGAGAAACGGCAUUAAAAGGAGAGAGGCGCCGGUACAAUCGUAUACGUUUGGAAGGUGGGCCACCUCACGGCGGCAGUAAAAUGGAAGGCAUAUAGAUAUGUAUAAAUAUAUGCAUAUGUGUACCCCCCCUGCCUUCAAAGCUUGCCUUCCUUUUUUAAAAU